AAUCAUGUCGUCCAGUGAUAGAUUAAUUUUAAGUAUAGGUACACAAAUAGAAUCGGAUAAGAUUACAGAUCGCCGAAAAGGUUAUGAAGCUCUCUCUCAUAUUUUGACAAAAAACUUAGAACUGAAUAAUCCAGACGAUGUGUGGUCUAAGUUAUUUAAUUCUAUCAAUUUUUGUCUGCAACAGGUUUGUGCCAAAUUGAAUGAAGAUGUUUCUGUUGGUCAUGCAUCUCAGAUCCAAAUUAGAGAUAAAUCUAGUCAUUAUUUACAAGAGGUUCUUAUGCUGGCAAAUAGAGGGCCCUUUUACAUCACAGGAAAAUAUAUCGUGGAACAGUUUUUAGAAGCUUUAUCAACUAGGCCUGUGUUGAAACAAGGAGGAGAUAUUUAUCUUGUUGCUCUUGUUAAAACAAUAUCAAUAAAAAAUUUGUAUGAUGAUUGUACACCUGCACAAUGGAUUGAGUUGUGUGAAUUCUGUAUGAAACAUCUCAACAAUACAAAUUCAAACCUCGAUCUUUCAACAUUGGUAAAAAUAUUAAAAUUCGUUGUCUGCAACGGUUGCAAAGGCUCCAAACUUGCCAUUAAGCUUCUUAAAUUUUUGCCAAACGUUAUAAAGCUAUUUGAUGUGAGUUGUAUUAAAACAUCAAAGCAUUUACAAGAAGAAAUAUUUAGUUUAACAAUUGCCAUAUGCGAUGAAAUUUCAACAAAUUUUCCAAGAACGUUUUGUGCAUUUGCGAAUGAUAUCACACCAAAGUUGUUAUUGUUGUAUGAUUCUUCGGAUGGAAAUAAUGAGAAAAAGGAACUUUUUUUUAAUUUGUUACACACAUUUGUUAAGAAUACUUGUUCAAAUAACGAAUAUCAAACUCAUUACGAUUCUAUAUACAAAGUUAUUGUCACUGAAAUCAAAACAUUGCAAUCGAAUUUUAUGAGGAGAAAGAUAAAGAAUGAAAAUGUAUCAGAGAACCUUGUUAAAUUGGCAGUGGAUGUUUGCAAACAGGUUUUUUGGAAACAGCAACAAAACACAAAUGAUUCCGACGAACGUUUAGCUAAAAGAAAGUGUCUACCUCAAGGACUAGUCAAUUUUCAAGAAUUAGUAUACUGUGAUAAUAGUGUUAAUUGGAUUUGGUUUCGAGUUUUAGUCGCAUUUGUGAAUAAAUAUCCUGAACAGAUGCACGACGCUGAUGGAAAUUCAUUCGUAGAACUUCUUAUUAAUGUCAAGAAUGCGCUCUCGACACUUGUUCAAUUCUAAAAUGGCUUUUACCAGAUUUGCGAUCAAACACCAAUUAUGAUAUUAAUAGAAACAAAAUAACAAAUAAAAUAUACUCAAGAAUCUGUGUGCAACUCACAUACAUUUCAAACAAUGAAUUAUCAACAAAUCCAACAAAACGUAUAAAAAAUAUUAGUAAAAGCCCUUACAUUAGUAAUUUGAAAAUGAAUUGUUU